AUGACCCCCCCAGACGCCGCAAAGCCAACGCUGCUUGCCCUCCACGGCAGCGGUUCCAACGCGACAAUCCACACUGUGCAGCUGGCGCGCCUGAACCGCGUGCUCAAAGAGCACUUCACCAUCGCGUAUCUGGACGCCCCCUUCGCAUCCCCCGCCGGCCCCGGGAUCCUGCCUUUCUUCGAAGGCUGCGGGCCUUUCGCGCGCUGGCUGCCGCCGUCCGAUAAAGUGACGCUGGAGCUGAUGCGGUCUGGGACGUCGACGUCGGAGUUGUCCAAGGAAGUAGAGCGGCUGGUGCGCGAGGCUGUGCAGCGCAUUACGACGGAUGGCGGGCGCGUGGUAGGGUUGAUCGGGUUCAGCCAGGGCACCAAGGUCGUCGCGGGACUGCUGCGGGGCGCGCAGGUGCGGCGGGCGGUGGGCGCGCGGGGGGAGGACUGGCUGGAUUCGUUCCACUUUGCGCUGUCGGUGUGCGGAUCGUAUCCGCCGCCGCUGCUGCCGCCGUCGGUGCUGAAGCUGCCGGAGCUAGCGUCCAAGAGCGAAGCAGAGAAAAAGAGGCUGUUGGGCGAGAAGAUCACCGCGCCGGUGAUGCAUGUCAUGGGCGAGCAGGACGAGUGGAAGUGGGCGAGCGAAGGGCUAGUUGAGGCGCACUAUGAGGUUGGCACGGGGAUGAGUGUCGUGGAGCAGUGGGAUAUGGGACAUUACUAUCCGCAGAGACUGGAGGAGAGUGACAAGAUGAAAGAUUGGUUGGUGGAGCAGUUAAGGAUUCUUGACGGAGAGAAAGAGGCGGCGGCUUAG